AUGGUUGGAGCUUUGGAAUGUCUCAAAAUGAAACUUGUUAAUGGCAACCCAAAAGACUUCUAUGAUAUUCAGCAAAAUGGUUACAGUUUAAGUGGUGUAUACAGUUUGCGCCCUGACGAUGAUGGAGUUAGAUUUAGAGUUUACUGUGAUAUGGAUACAGAUGGCGGAGGAUGGACAGUAAUUCAAAGAAGAGAGAAUUGUAGACUAGAUUUCUAUCAAGAUUGGCAAGAUUAUAAAGAUGGCUUUGGAAUUCCUGGAUCGGAGCACUGGUUAGGUAAUGAUAAGAUUUACAGACUGACAAAUCAAGGACCUCAAUACGAACUGAGAUUUGAUUUAGAAGACUUUGAAGGAGAGACUAGAUACGCUAAAUACGACAACUUUGCCAUUAGCGACGAAUUCACCAAAUAUAGACUGACCGUGGGAGCAUACAGUGGUACUGCAGGUGAUUCCGUCUCUGAACAUGCUGGGUUAUAUUUCUCAACUAGAGACCGGGACAAUGAUGUAGCAACUGCUGGAAAUUGUGCUGUGAUUUACAAAGGCGCUUGGUGGUAUGGAGCAUGUCACAGUUCCAACCUUAAUGGUCUGUAUCAUGGUGGACAAACUGACCAGUAUGCAACAGGCGUUGUUUGGAAUCCGUGGAGGGUGAAUGGGUAUCCAAAAGACUGCUAUGAAAUUCAGCAAAAAGGUUACAGUUUGAGUGGUAUAUAUACUAUACGCCCCAGCGAUAAUGGUGAUCGAUUCAAAGUUUACUGUGAUAUGGAUACAGAUGGCGGAGGAUGGACAGUAAUUCAGAGAAGAGAGAAUGGUAGAUUAGAUUUCUACCGCGGUUGGCGAGAUUAUAAAUAUGGUUUUGGACUUCCCGGAUCGGAGCACUGGUUAGGUAAUGAUAAUAUUUACAGACUGACCAAUCAAGGACCUCAAUACGAACUGAGAUUUGAUUUAGAAGACUUUGAUGGAAUGACUAGAUACGCCAAGUACAGUAACUUUGCCAUUAGUGACGAAUUCACCAAAUAUAGACUGAGUUUGGGAUCAUACAGUGGUACUGCUGGAGAUUCUUUCUCUGUUCACGCCGGGUCAUAUUUCUCAACCAGAGACCGGGAUAAUGAUGCAUACGGCAGUCGUUGUGCAACUUUAUACACAGGCGCAUGGUGGUAUGAGUCGUGUCAUUCUUCCAACCUGAAUGGCCAGUAUCUUGGUGGACAUACUAACCUGUAUGCAAAAGGUGUGGUUUGGUACCAUUGGAAAACACAUUAUUAUUCACUUAAACGUACAGAAAUGAAAAUAAGACCAAUCAAUUGA